UCGUGUCUCAUGUCUCUCUUCGUUCUUUUACAACCUGGUCCGAUAGUUGGACAGGGUGUAUUGUAUUUUUAGAGCCUGGUGGCAUUCCAGUCGGUGAGGUAGUGUUGCAGAGCUUGUGCUGUGAUUUGCUGGAUUUUGAUUUACGGGUCUUUUGCAGCGGAAAUCCCAUCCGCCUCUGUCCGCUCUCUCUGCCGUCUUGAGCCCGCCUACUUACACACGCUUCCCUGCCCGCCGAGUGAGAGGCGGGGUCACAGUCCCUGUGUCCAAUCACAAGCGCCUGAAAGCCUCCUUCCUUCCCGCCCACCUAGGGGGCGUGGUGUAAAGCGAACGCCGCUAAGGUAACCCAACUCAGCGGAAGUGACGCCAGGGCUCGUGGGUCCCUGCAGUGUUUAUAAAUAGCGGCGGAAGCAGCGAGGUUGGCCUUUCGGGAAACACGUGUCGGAAAGGUGAAAGAAGCGGAGAAACUGACAGAAAAACAGGCGCUCCGAAGGACGCAGGCGAUCUGGCGGCAAAGCCUGGAAGGUUUUGAAAUAUCGACUGGGGGCGGACUCAUACCGAGUCGGAGACGGACAGACUGUGAUUUCUAUUUAGUGACCGGUGGACAGCAGCGCGCCCUCCGCUACGGUCCGGGCUAGGACAGUCCCAGCUGUUUCCAUCAGUUGUGCUCAUUACCUCCGCGGCCAGAUGGCGGACUACCUCAUCAGCGGGGGCACCGGGUACGUCCCGGAGGACGGGCUGACCGGACAGCAGCUCUUCAGCGGCGGCGACGGGCUGACCUACAAGGUGGAUUCAAGACAGGGGGGAGAGGGAGGGGUGUGUGUUCGUAUAAGGCUGACCUUUAAAUACCUCGGUGUUGGUAAAAAAAAAAAAAUCCAAAUUUUUAAAACUGUCUUGCCCUUCCCUCAGCUCACGGGAGGGAUUGGCUUCAUCCACCACAACUGCACCCCGGAGUUCCAGGCCAACGAGGUUCGCAAGGUCAAGCGGUACGAGCAGGGCUUCAUCACGGACCCCGUGGUCAUGAGCCCGAGGGAGCGCGUGCUCGACGUAUUCGAGGCGAAGGCGCGCCACGGCUUCUGCGGGAUCCCCAUCACGGAGAGCGGGCGCAUGGGCGGGAGGCUGGUCGGCAUCAUCUCCUCCCGCGACAUCGACUUCCUGAAGGAGGAGGAGCACAGCCUGCCGCUCAGCGAGGUGGGGAAGCUGCCCAUCGUCGACGAGGAGGACAACCUGGUGGCCAUCAUCGCGCGCACCGACCUCAAGAAGAACCGCGACUUCCCGCUGGCGGCGAAGGACAGCCGCAAGCAGCUCCUGUGCGGCGCGGCCAUCGGCACGCACGCGGACGACCGCUACCGGCUGGACCUGCUGGCGCAGGCGGGGGUGGACGUGGUCGUGCUGGACUCCUCGCAGGGGAACUCCAUCUUCCAGAUCAACAUGAUCAAGUACAUCAAGGAGAAAUACCCCCAGCUGCAGGUCAUCGGGGGCAACGUGGUGACAGCCGCCCAGGCGAAGAAUCUGAUCGACGCCGGGGUUGAUGCCCUGAGGGUGGGAAUGGGCAGCGGCUCCAUCUGCAUCACGCAGGAAGUGCUGGCGUGUGGCCGCCCCCAGGCCACGGCGGUCUACAAGGUGUCGGAGUACGCCCGGCGGUUCGGGGUGCCGGUCAUCGCAGACGGCGGGAUCCAGACGGUCGGCCACAUCGCCAAGGCGCUGGCCCUCGGAGCCUCCACAGUGAUGAUGGGCUCCCUGCUGGCCGCCACCUCCGAGGCUCCGGGGGAGUACUUCUUCUCCGACGGGAUCCGGCUGAAGAAGUACCGCGGCAUGGGCUCGCUGGACGCCAUGGACAAGAACCUGGGCUCGCAGACCCGCUACUUCAGCGAGUCCGAUAAGAUCAAGGUGGCCCAGGGCGUGUCGGGGGCGAUCCAGGACAAGGGCUCCAUCCACAAGUUCGUCCCCUACCUGCUGGUCGGUAUCCAGCACUCCUGCCAGGAUAUCGGAGCCAAGAGCCUCACCCAGCUCAGGGCCAUGAUGUACUCGGGGGAUCUGAAGUUUGAAAAGAGGACGUCAUCUGCCCAGGUGGAAGGAGGCGUACACAGCCUGCACAGCUAUGAGAAGCGUCUGUUCUGAGCACCACAGUGGGAGUGCAGGAGGAGAGAAGGGGGUGUGUCUGGGAGGAGAGAUUUGCACAGUUCUCCUGCUUCCACUGAUCCCUCGUUUCCUCUCCCUGUCUUCCCAGCAUAUUCCCAGUCUUCCCAGUAUAUUCCAGCCCAGCCUUCAGCCCGCUCCUGGCCCUCGCGUGCACGGAGCAGGGGAGCGCGUUACUGGGAAAGGAGACGAGUGGCGGGGAGUGGGACUGUUAGAGGGGGUUGUUUUCUGCUGGGUGUGUGUGUUUGCACACGCGUGUGGGUGACGUGUGCCGUGCAUGCAGCCGUGUGUUCGCGUGACACUUGCGGUAGCGGUGGCCGCAGUUCUGUUACUGUACCAGACCCCUGCCACUGUUCUCAGCCCACCGCCGUAUUUGAAAAGGGCGGACUUGAAUAAAUCUGCCAACCUGCUAUUUUUCCACGA